AUCUCAUCUACUGCUCCCAUCAAUCGUAGGCAUCGCAUGUGGAUGAGAUUGACGCUCCCAAGGCCAAAAUUGUUAUCGAGCGGUAGGCAACAGUCGGGAGUAGCAGCAAUCCGCACCAUGUCGACGGAGCAGGAGCGGCGCGAACUGGACGAGCUGGCGAGGCGGGGUGAGACUGUCGUCCCAGGCGGCACUGGCGGCAAGAGCCUCGAGGCCCAAGAACACCUCGCUGAAGGACGGAGCCGUGGAGGGCAGGCAAGGAGGGAGCAACUGGGGACGGAGGGGUACCAGGAGUUGGGCCACAAGGGAGGGGAGACAAGGAAGCAGCAGAUCGGGCACGAAGGCUACCAGGAGAUGGGCCGCAAAGGUGGUUUAUCCACCAUGGAGGAAUCCGGCGGCGAGCGGGCCACCAAGGCAGGCAUCCCCAUCGACGAGUCCAAGUACACAACUGCCCAGCACUAACCAAGCAAGCAAUCCUGCUUGAUGUAGUCAGUCGCAAGUAGUCUUGUAGAUAAGUUCGUGUUCCGCUACUUCGUGUCUUGUUUAGGUUAUGCACAGUCUAGUCUAGCUAGUCAUGUAAUGCUUAAGCUUCAGUUGGUGCUUGUGUGUUCUGUCAUGGUCCUGGACUCCUUGUGAAGUUGUAAACUUGUAAAGGCAGUUUGUGGAGUUUAACCAAUUGUUGCUGUCAA